AUGCAACAGGUCGAAGUUCAAGACCUCCGAGUAGACCGCCUUAACAUCAGGGACAGUCUUGACUCCUCUGACGCUUCAGCUCCAAGACCCACAGCCCAUACCAACGACCUCCACUUGGACCUAUUGCCACCCUAUCAAGUUUCUGCGCCAGAUACCGCUAUCGACACCGAGCCUGCCUCACUUCAGGAAAAUGUCAUGGAGCCACCACCAGAGUUGUCACAGGAACAGAGGAGCAACACAGACAAUAGUAUCACCGACGCUACCUCUACUACGGAACAGGGCCAGAUUUCUAGUUUAAAAGAUGCUGCAGCGGACUACGGCCUAGAUAUCGACAGCCCUGCUUCCAGUAAAUCUGCCCGUGAAUCGCAGAAAUGGCUACAUGACGACACGCCAACAGUAGCAGUCGAAAUGCCAACAUCUUCCGAAGACGACAACAAACCACAAUCAGUAGCCGUGCAAGAAACUGCGUCGAUCGUAUCCAGUGACUUUACUCAAACGAGCAUCAAUGCAAAUCUCGGCGACAAGGAAGCUCAGGUCGCUCUUGGCGAUAUGUAUUUGGAUGGCGAGGGAGUUCAGCAGGACUACCAAGCGGCUAUAGAAUGGUUUCUCCGGGCUGCCGAUCAAGGGUAUGCUAUUGGUCAGCGCAGAGUCGGCUAUAUGUACCAUUAUGGCUUGGGCGUGACACAGGACUACUUUGCAGCCUUGACCUGGAACCUCAAAGCCGCCGACCAAGGAGAUGCGGGAGCCCAGAGUAACGUCGGUAUUCUACACAGAGAAGGACAAGGCACCUCUCAGGACUUUUUCAAAGCGAUGGAGUGGCAUUUGAAGGCAGCUGCUCAAGAAGACGUGGACUCAUACACCCACAUCGGCAACCUUUAUUUCUACGGUGAAGGUGUACCAGGACAUUACAAACGAGCAAUCGAUUGGUACUACAAGGCCGCCGAAAAAAACGACUCUUUCGCUCAAAGUAACCUCGGUGGCAUGUACCGCGACGGCAACGGCGUGGCCAGAGACUAUUCCAAGGCAAUGGAGUGGUUCCUAAAGGCGGCUGACCAAGGACAUCCAGACGCCCAGGAAAACAUCGGCGGUCUUUACCGAGACGGCUGCGGAGUGGCGAAGGAUGUUCGCAAGGCGAUAGAGUGGUACGUGAAGGCGGCCAAUCAAGGAAGCGCGACUGCCCAACACAACAUCGGCUGUCUAUAUUACGACGGUCAUGAUUAUUCUCUGGCGAUGACAUGGUUUCGCAAGGCUGCUGAUCAAGAUUACAUGGAGGCGCAAUGCAGCGUUGGGCUCAUGUACCAGAACGGUCACGGUGCGCCUGUGGACUACUCGCAGGCAUCAAGAUGGUUUUUCAAGGCUGCCAGACAAGGCCACAGCCAGGCUCAGUACAUCCUCGGAGGCUUAUAUGAGUACGGUGAUGGAGUACCGCAGGAUGUUACGACCGCGAUGGAGUGGUAUUUGGAAGCGGGCAGGCAAGGACACAUGGAGGCACUGGGACGUCUUUACUAUUUGCGCCAAUAUGGAGCCAGCUUUUAUUAA